AUGAGCGACGAACACACUACAAGCCCACAACCUGCCGCCCAGCCCGCGCCGAGGGCAGAUGAGCAGGACGUACCUACCAAGGUUAUAUUUGUCGGCGUCGGCGGUGCAACAUGUUCUGGGAAGACAACGCUUGCGAAACAUCUCAGGCGGAUCCUUCCUAACAGCGUGAUCAUCCAUCAAGACGUGCGUUACUCACCAAUGGAAGAAGUGCCUCUUCAUCCCGUACACGGAGUCCAGGAUUGGGACUCUGCCCCAGGAGCCAUCUCAUGGGCUCGUAUGGUCACAUUUCUCCGACAUGUAAAGGAGACAGGAGUAAUCCCGCCCGAUCAUCGAAGCCACGAUCAUCUCAACGAACAGCAAGUUGUACCGGUACCCGACGAGCUCGCUGAUAAGUGGAGAGCUCACUUUCAAGCUCUCCAACAAAAGCUUGAGGCAGAGACCAAAGAGAAGAUCAUUUGGGGCUUGGUCGAUGGAUUCUUGCUUUAUUGGAAUCAUGAUGUAGUGGACCAAUUGGACGUGAAGUUCUUCCUGAGGGUGCCACACGACGCAUUGAAGAAGAGGCGUCAUGACAGACACGGAUAUCACACUGCAGAGGGUGCACUAUGGCGCGAUCCCCCUCAGUACUGGGAGAACAUCGUAUAUCCGGCAUAUGUUGAGGCGCAUCGCCACCUAUUUGUGGACGGCGAUGUCGAGCACGGGAAACUCGCGAGCGAUGCGGAUAAGCUUGUGUUAUUAGAAACACUGGAGAUGACCAUGGGGAACGCCGUGGAGAAGUGCUGCAGCGUAUUGGACGGUGCCUUGGGGGAAUUACACCCGACGGCUGAUUAA